GGGGCUCUGCCAGAAGGAGUUGGCCAUUCAGGAAGGGGAUUUUGCAUCCAAACUCAUUCCGUUGCUUCGAAAUCUCGUUUCUGCCGAGAGGACGGUGGAGGUGGCGCCACUGUUGGGUGAAUUCCUUUUCAUCAAGGAUGAGGCGGCGCUGUCAUGUGUGGAGAAGGCGGCAGGUCUUUGCAGUGCCGUCUUCCGACGAUUUAUACGCGGACUAAUCGAGGAGGAGACACAAAGAACACACCCAAGGGCGUUGAGUGCCAUUCAGGAAGAGAUCUCUCAGAGGCUUCAGAUGCCAAACACAGUGAAGGGUCUCGAAAGACUUGAAAUCUCCCAGUUUUCCAUUGCGUCGGGCCUGACACCAUGCGUCAUGCACCGUGGAACGUACGAAUCCCAAAUUCAGGUGACUAAACUGAGCACCCAGCCAUUGCGGGGGGACAUAAUUGUUGUCCGUUACGGUGUAAAGAACUGCGGCUACACAGCCUUUUUUGCUCGCACGCUCAUUGUGGAGGCAAAUGCACCUUCUAAUGCGAAAGAUGCAUAUCAGUUUCUUUAUUCUGUUAGCGAGAAGGUGAUGGAGCUGCUGCGAGUGGGCACCAGACUAAAUGAAGUGUACACGGGGGCCAUAAACCACGCCAGAGCCACCAACGAAACACUGGCUAAACAUUUGCCAACUUCUCUGGGAUUCUCCACUGGUCUUAUGGUGCUUGAGGCUCGAGGGACCAUCUCUGAAAAGGGGACCGCGACCAUUGCGGAUGGGAUGACGUUUGUUGUGCGUGUGACGCUUGAGGGGGUGCCGGAUGGCGGCGGGGAGAGUUUUGACUUGGAGUUGUCUGACACCGUGACGAUCAAAAACGGUGCGGCCCAACUUAACACGAAGACAACUCGCAAGCUGGAGGAAAUUCUUUACGAGGGGGAGACGCAGGAGGAAGCCUUUGACGUCAGUUCACGUGAGUUGAACAAGAUUACCCGUCAGGGACAGAGCAGCGUUCCUCUCUUGUCGAGGGAAGCCGCUCGGGAGGAAAAACUCAAGUCCCUGUUGAGAGAAUUACACGCGGAGCUGAUUGCCGCGGGGGGGAAGAAGGCAACAACAACUGCGACUGAAGAACUACGCGUAUACGAGAUGGGCCGCCUUGCGUAUGGCGAUAUUAUUCCGUAUCCCAAGGAGGGCACUCUACCACUACAAGCACGGAAUGACAUCUACGUGCACGUUGAGAAGGAAGUUGCUUUUUUUCCUGUUUGCGGGGAAAUUGCGGCAUUCCACGCCUCGACCAUCAAUAAAGUGGACGUGAAACCAGAGGGCGAAUAUGUCACCUGCACUGUGACGUUUCAUUCGUUGCAAGAGGCAAAUAUUGCGUACCGGCUUCAUCGAACAAAGAUUUUCGUAAAGGAAUUGAGUUAUCGCGCUUCUUCCGAUGUUUUCUCAGAGGUGAAGAUUGCCAUCCAGGGUAUCCACCAGCGGAUUAAGAACAGAGACACAGAACGGCGGAGGAUAUCUACAACCGCAGGAGGAACCAAACUAAAUGUCACACCAAAUUCACUACGGCUCCCUCAAGUUAAAAUAAGACCAACAGCCACUACCGGCCGCCAAAACAAGGAUUGCAUCGGGAACCUUGAGCUUCAUCAGAACGGACUUCGUUUCUCGUUUAUUGGUGGGGUGCCAAUUGACAUACUGUUUGAUAAUGUUAAACACAUCAUAUUCCAGCCAGCUGUCAACUCCAUCCGCGUCAUUUAUCAUAUUACCCUAAAAAAGGGAGUAGAGAUUGCUCGUAAAAGCGUGGAUGAAGUGCAGUUUGUGGCCGAUGUCAUGGAAAGCAGUGAGGCUGUCACGGGUGGAAGGAAAUCUUACGAUGAAGAAAUCGCGGCUGAAGAACGUGAACAAGCGCGUAUUAGUGAGACCAAUAAGCAAUUUAUGCGCUUUGCUCAGGCGGUGGAGAAGAUGAGUAACAUAAAGACGCAGAUCCCUGUGAGUAACUUUUCUUUUGAGGGCGUUCACGCCAAGGGGUUGACCACCUUCAAAGCUAACAGGGAGGUUCUCUGGGCAAUCUCCGACAGACCACCGUUCACGCAGCGGGUGGCGGAUAUCGAGGUGGUGUCGCUGGAGCGUGUCAUACCGGGUGGCUCCACGUUUGACAUGUCGCUUAUUUUUAAGGACUACAACAAACCGGCGGUAACUCUCACAACAAUUCCGAGAAGCAGUUUGGAGGUGAUUAAGGACUGGUGCCUCGCAUCACGGCUGUAUUACAUGGAGACCACCGUGAAUCCCAACUGGAAGGUCGUGCUCAAAACAAUUCUUGACGAUGCAGAAUGGGACCCCUGGCGACCCGGCGCGGGGUGGGCGGUACUCAACAACGACUUUGACGGAGACGAGGAGGAGGAGGAGGAGGAGGACUCAGACACCGAUGACUCGACGUACAACGAAGAUGACGACGAGGAGUCGGACGAAACAGGAAGCUCUUUUCUCGAGGAUGAAGAAAGCGAGCCCGACAACAGCGACGAUGAGGAUGAGGAAAGUGUGCUGAGCUGGGACGAGAUGGAGCGCCGUGCGGAGGCUCAGGACCGUAAACGCGGGUACACAUCCGAUGGCGAUGACGACAGGCCGCAGAAGAGAGCUCGUGUAGGAAACGCAUCGAGGGCUGUGCCGCUUCCGACCAGGGGAAAGGCAGCUCGCAUGCCAAAUCCUGGAAGCGCAGUUCCUCCCCCACGCAGAUUUUAA